UGAGUGGUUUAAUUGUUAAAUUGUAUUUGUCCACACGUUAAUGCUACUAAUUACUAAAAACUAAUAUUAGUCGAUCAUGAUCAAUAGCAAGCAUAUUCACCCCAGUUUGCAAUUUCUUACAAUUUCUAACACAUGUUUUGUUUUAUUUAUUGCGCCGUGGAGUCAUGAGAGAAUUAUUUUAAAUGAUAAAUCAAAUUUACAUAAAACUAAUUUACAUUUGGGAAAAUUGAUUCUUUUUUUGUCAACGGAAAAAUUGAUUUUAUAGCCAAAAAAAAAUAUUGUUCACGAACUCACCAUAUCAUAUCAUCUCAUAUUUCCUCUUUUAUCUUCCUAUUUCUUUCUACUUUCUUACUACAUAUCUAAGUAUUUUUUUCAAUAUGGUCAUUCAUAAUUCGAAUCCAAAUAUUUUGGCUGAAAAAAGAAAAGAAAAAAAAAAUCCAAAUCCAAAUCGAAUGAAUGUAUGUACGACUAACUAGUAAAUCUUUGGAGUUAAGUUUGACCCAAAAAAGUAAAAAGUGAAAGUACAAAAAAGGCCUGCGCUUUUUAUUACCUUACCCUCUCUGAACAUUACAACAACACACCUAACAAAGCAAAAAAAAAAAAACAGAGUCCCCCAACGUUCCCACCUUGAAUCUCCACUCCAUCGACUGCGAUGAACCCAUAAACAUCGAUUCCUCGUCUCAGUUCAUCAUCAAACUAGUCAUCCCCCACCCAUCACGGCCAUCAGCAGAGAGAGAGAGAGAGAGUAAAAGUAAACCUUCCUUACAGUAAAAAUUAAAAAAAAAAACCCAAAUCCACCUCCGGAACGACGACGUAUGAUCGAUUACCGCCACGUCUCGUCUCCGAUCACGCCUCCAACCUUUAUCCCCGCCCACUCUCCUUCUCCAUCUCCCCGCUUGAACAAGCCCCAUCUCAUCACAGUGACGCCGCCGAUCUCCGCUUCUCACCCCACCGGAGACUCCACGCCGAUGAUGUCGUCGUCGUCGGGGUGUCCUCUCGCUAGGGUUAGGUUAUCAGACAUUCUCCCUUACGAAGGAGCUCCUUCUCCCUCCUACGCGAAAGCCGUCGAGGCUCUGUCCGCGUCUCUGAUGAGAUACAACGCUUCCGUGAUCGAGCUCGGGAGCGAAGACACCGCGCUGAUGCGGUGUGGCCUCGAAGCUGCUCGCUUGUAUUUCAGAACUCGAAGUAGCGUUUCUGGUAAACCCAAUCGUGGCCUCUCUAUGUACAGAGCUGGAAGAUCUGUUGAGGAUUUGGAUUCGUCGCCUCCGUGUAUGGCUGAGGUGUUCAGGUGUUUAGGUAAAGUAGCGAGAGCUGCUUUGUCUGCAGUUGCAAGGCAUCUACGUCUAAGAAGCGAUGUGUUUAACCAUAUGCUCGAUGACUUCCCACUAGCUCCGAACGAGGUUUCCUCCUCUGUGUUAGUGUCUUCCUAUGCUCAUGCGUCGAUCCAAAAUGGGAAACCUGCUUCUGGAGGUGGGAGUAUUGAGAUUGAGAAGGGUUUGUUGACACUGUUCUGCUCUGAUGGCUCUGGCAUCCAGGUAUGUGACCCAAAUGGUCGUUGGUACGCAGCAGAUAGUGGAUGUGGGAUUGGUGAUAUCUUACUCAUUACUGGCAAAGCGCUUAGUCAUGCUACUGCAGGUCUCCGUCCAGCUGCCUCUUAUAGAGCUACUUCUGAUCAUUUCUCUGGCACUGACACUCGCGGAAGGGCGUCAUUAGCAUUUAGGCUUAUGCCGAAAAGUAAUGCUAUACUAGAUUGCUCCCCAGUAGAAGCAGCUGGCCAUGUAAUUCCUCAAAGCUAUGUGCCAGUAUCUGUCAGUCAGUUUAUGGAUAACCUCUUGGCCGAGAAUGAGACUCCAGUUACUCCGCCUGUGAAAACCAAUGUUUCACGGGAUGAUGUUUGCAAAGAGCCUUCCUUAAGAAGUGUUCUCUCGGAUCCAGUUUCCGGUGCGUUUCUUGAAGAUGCGAUUGUCGUCUCUUGUGGGCAUUCAUUUGGUGGCCUCAUGCUUAGAAGAGUCCUUGAAAUGUCUAGAUGUACGCUCUGCAAUGCAGAAAUCGAGCCUGGGUCUCUGGUCCCUAACCAUGCUCUUAGAGCUGCCGCUUCAGCUAUAAAGCAACAAGAUGAUAAAAGACUUUUCCACAACGCAGCCAUGCGAAGGCGUAGAAAAGAAAUGAGUGAUCAAAUGGAUGUGGAACAUGGAGAUCCAGCUACGGAUGAUGGAUUACAGCAGCGAGUGGUUCAUUAUCCAUUUGCUGUAAAUGAGAAAGUACUUAUCAAGGGAAACAGGAGAACACCGGAGAAGUAUGUUGGAAAGGAAGCGAUCGUGACAUCUCAAUGUCUCAAUGGCUGGUAUCUAUUAAAGAUUGUGGAGAGUGGAGACAGUGUUCGGCUGCAAUACAGAUCCCUAAAAAAGAUGACAAACGAUGACAGAGGAGGAGGAGGGCUACCUGUUCAACCGGUUGAGAGCAAUAGCUUGUAGAAAUGUAAUCAUCAUAUUUGAGCCUUUCUAUUUCUUCUAAAUAUUCUCUAUUUCUAGAAAGAAAAAGAAAAAAAAGGUAAUGUAGUUUGGGGUUUGAGACUGCUAAGUUUAAAAUCAUUUGGGUUAGAGAAGUAGUAAAAGACUGUUGAAAACUAUAUAUAAGCCUCCCAAGUAUUAGAGGUUUUGUACAGAACAGUGUUAAGAUUAUAAAGGAGAAGACUAGCCAACUACAAA